ACCACAACAUAUUGACCUCUACUUUCAAAGCCAUGAUUUCCUCUAACUUGGAACCAUCCCCAGAAACAACCAUAACUCACCAAUACUUGCAACAAAUAAAAAUUACAAGAACAAACCCACCCAACCAAGAAUGUCACCAAAGCUACAAAAGAAAAUAGGAACCCCCCAUAUUAAUACAAGUACAAAAUUUGAUGCAUGGCAUUUAUUGCCCAUUAAUGCACAAAGAAAAAUCAUCAAGUCACACAUUAAAUGCAGUACAACCCCAAGACUCACAACUUUCUCGCCUUGAGGAGCUUUAUGCAUCUCCCAAAUCGACCAAUCCUAACUCUCACAUGCCCAUUUGCUUGAAACAACCUCACUUGCAACUCCUAUACCCUAACGAGCUUAGAGCUAAGGGAGCUUUUAUGCCGCCUAACUUAGAUGAUUUGACUUUAUCAUUACAAUCACAAGUUGAUCUCUUUACCAUUACAAUCACAAGUUGAUCUCCUUACCAUUAUGAUCAAAAGCCAAUCUCCUUUACCAUCACGAGUUUAUCAACUUACACAUACACAACACGUUACAACCUAUAAUACAAAUCUCUUUAAACCAGACAACCUACCAUGAAAUGAGCAAAGAAAUAAAGCAACUUCCAUACUAUUCAUAACUCCUUCCCCUUUAAAGAGCUCGAAACUUGGGGGAUUAUGUACUACCCAACUCGGCCAGGCCAAGCCAAUCGUCCUAGCUCACCCAUAUUACCUUGGCCAAGCCAAACUGACCUCCUCCAACUCCCCCACAUCGGGCUCCUCGUCUAUCAUCAUGCAAUAAAGCCCUAACACAAUCAAAAUCCUAAUGGCUAGCAACACAAAUAUCUUCCAUAAAUGUCAUAUCUUAGCAUACUGUGAUCACCUAACAUUAUAUAUUUGCUAAUUUGGAACAAUAUCUCUAUUAAUCAAUGACAAUAUCCCUACACAAUCACAAGGAGAUAUCUUUGAGAUAUCAUGCAACACUAUCAAACAUAUAUACACGACACCAUGUAUCAUACUAUUCUAACCUAAUUCUUCACAUAAACUCCUCUCUAACUUGAGCAUUAGAGUGUCUUUACAAGUGUCGCUUCCCCCCUCCCCUCAAUAAUGGACAUUGGAGCAACGGAGAUGUCACAUCACCUUGGGAGCACUUACAAAAUUUAGAUAUAUUACAAGCACGUCUAUUACAGAUGGCAGUUCUGAGUAGGAAAUGGUCCAGAAUAGAAGAAGGGCAUCAUUGAUUAUCGUUCUGACUGAUGUGAAUUAGUUUCCUAGCUAGCAUGGCACCAACUGGUGAAGGAGUUGAGAAGAUGAAUGAAGAGGAUCGGGUAAACAGCAGUGAUUAUGAGCAUGACAUAGAAAAAGAUGUGAAUGAGGAAAUUGGAAGGUAUCGGUCAGGGUCAGGGUUAUCUGAUAGAAACAUGGCUCAUUCAAAGCCACUUCUUGUGAAGAGGACUAACACCACCUCCCAAAUUGCUAUAGUUGGUGCCAACCUCUGCCCUAUUGAAAGCCUUGACUAUGAGACUUUUGAUAAUGAAAUAUUGAAGAAGGACUGGCGUUCGAGGAAGAAGGUUGAGAUAAUCCAGUAUGUGAUGCUUAAGUGGGUAUUUGCUCUUCUUAUUGGAUUAGGAACUGGAUUGGUUGGCUUCUUUAACAGUUUUGCAGUUGAGAACAUAGCUGGUUUCAAGUUGCUUAUGACCACCAAUCUCAUCUCUAAACACAGAUAUCUUGAGGCAUUUUUAGCAUAUGCUGGUGUGAACAUAUGUUUAGCAGCAGCAGCUGCUGCACUUUGUGCUUUCAUUGCGCCAGCAGCUGCAGGCUCUGGCAUUCCAGAGGUGAAAGCAUAUCUCAAUGGCGUGGAUGCUCACCAUAUACUGGCUCCAAGCACCCUUUUUGUAAAGAUAUUUGGUUCCAUCUUGGGAGUUUCUGCUGGAUUUGUGGUGGGCAAAGAGGGACCUAUGGUACAUACAGGGGCAUGCAUAGCUUCUUUAUUGGGGCAGGGUGGAUCUCGCAAGUAUCACUUGACUUGCCCUUGGCUUAGAUAUUUCAAAAAUGAUCCAGACCGACGAGACAUGAUCACUUGUGGUGCAGCUGCUGGUGUUGCUGCUGCCUUUCGUGCACCAGUAGGUGGUGUUCUCUUUGCCCUUGAAGAGGCAGCUUCAUGGUGGCGGAGUUCUCUUCUAUGGAGGACAUUUUUCACAACAGCAGUGGUAGCUAUUGUUUUAAGAGUUGCAAUUCAGUUUUGUGCCACAGGGAAAUGUGGGCUAUUUGGGGAAGGUGGUCUGAUAAUGUAUGAUGUUAGUUCACCCAAUAUAACAUAUAGUGUUAGUGACAUGUUAGCAGUACUUCUUUUGGGAGCCAUUGCUGGAAUCCUUGGAAGCAUAUAUAAUUACCUUGUGGAUAAGGUUGUUCGGACAUAUAGCGUCAUCAAUGAAAAAGGUGCAGCUUUCAAAAUCUCUCUUGUUGUGACAAUUGCACUUUUAACAUCAUGUUGUUUUUACUUCUUGCCAUGGAUCGCAAACUGUAGUCCAUGUCCUUCUGGUUCAACAGUGAGCUGCCCCUCUCUGGAUGAGUCUGGAGAAUACAAAAGUUUUCAAUGUCCACCAGGCUACUACAAUGAUCUUGCCUCCCUCUUCCUAAACACAAAUGAUGAUGCUAUUCGUAAUCUAUUCAGCCCCAGAAUAAUCAAAGAGUUUCACAUUUCUAGUUUGUUUAUCUACUUUGCUACUAUUUACUUUCUUGGCAUAAUCACUUAUGGUAUCGCCAUUCCAUCCGGGCUCUUCAUUCCUGUGAUACUUGCUGGUGCUUGCUAUGGCCGGCUUUUUGGCCGGCUCGUUGAAUCAAUGACCAAGCUUGACAGAGGACUCUUUGCCCUACUUGGAGCUGCCUCUUUCCUUGGUGGCACCAUGAGAAUGACGGUGUCUCUUUGUGUCAUAUUGCUUGAGCUCACCAAUGAUCUCUUGUUACUUCCACUUGUGAUGUUGGUCUUGUUAGUCUCAAAAACUGUGGCUGACAACUUCAACAAGGGUGUCUAUGAUCAAAUACUUAAGAUCAAAGGACUUCCUUAUUUGGAGGCUCAUGCAGAACCUUACAUGCGGAAUUUGGUUACGCGUGAUGUUCUUUCAGGUCCAUUGAUAACCUUUUCUGGCAUUGAAAAGGUGGGGAAUAUAUUGCAUGCUUUGAAUGCUACAAGGCACAAUGGGUUUCCAGUCAUUGAUGAACCACCUUUCUCAGAUGCACCAGAAUUGUGUGGACUUGUGCUGAGGUCUCAUUUGCUAGUGUUGCUGAAGGAGAAGAUUUUUUCAAGAAAUAGGGGUUUUUCAGAAAGCAUCUUGCACAUAAUUUCUUCUUUGGAUUUUGGAAAGGCAGGGUCAGGAAAGGGGAUCAAGCUAGAGGAUCUUGAUAUCCAAGAGGAAGAGAUGGAUAUGUAUGUUGAUCUCCAUCCCAUCACUAAUGCAUCCCCUUACACUGUGGUUGAGACAAUGUCACUUGCCAAAGCUGCUGUUAUUUUCCGCCAACAUGGACUCAGGCACAUGUGUGUUGUUCCAAAGAGCCAAGGGAGACCUCCGGUUGUUGGGAUUCUAACACGCCAUGAUUUCAUGCCAGAGCAUGUUUUGGGACUUUACCCUGAUAUCAAGGCUCACAAAUGGCAAUGAGGGGUCUCAAAAAAAGAUAUUAUUUCUUCUGUAUUGAAGUGCUUCAUUUUGAAGUGAUGCAUUCAUUUGUUGAUCGAAGUUUUUAUAUACAGUGGAGUGCAAUAAUUAUUCACAAAACACUUGAAAUAAAAAUGCUGCUUAAGAAGUAGCUGCUGCAUAUGGAUUGAAAAUUUCUAUUUCCUGAAGUCAGAUUGGUACUUUCAAAUAGACACUUUUAAACACACAAAUUAGGUGCGGUACACAGUUAUUUAAUGAUCUCUUGUACAUGUUGCUUGUUUGAUUUUUUAUGAAAUAAAAUUCUCAUGCUUAAUGAUCAA